AUGGCAUCAUCGAGCUGUGGGAAGUGCGAUCGUUUGGAUACGGAUGAUAUGAUAGCUUGCGAAUCAUGUUCGGCCCGGUUUCACAGUGACUGUGUGGAAGAGUCCCCAGGAGCGACCGGCCGAAAAUUUAAGUGCGAUGUUUGUCUUUCCAAGAAGACACGGAAAACCACUACUAAAAAGCCUUCCAAAGUUGGUGAUUCGAGUGCUAAUCUUCCGCCCACUCAAUCACUGGGCGCUAUCCGAGAAGUCUGUGGUAAUUUAGCCGUGCUUGUGGAUCCUGUUAUACCAAUCCCUCCAGUGAUGAGUGAAAACUAUCCCCGAACACCCGAUUGUGAUCAAGCCACGAUCAUCUCCCAAGGUCGUCAUACUGCUGACCUAAUGGAACUCGAUUUUGAUCAGGAGCUACAGAAAAUGAGGGACGAAAUGGAACGCAACGAGAGGAGAUUGGAGCAGGAACGGAUACUACGUGAGAAGCAGCUGGAAUUCAAGCGUCAGUAUGCCGAAAAGUGCCAAAAACAGGAGAAGCAGCUCCAACAAAAACAACUCGAGAUGGAGAAGUCCAUAUUAGCGAAGAAAUUAGCUGAUGAAAUGGAAUUCCAACAGCAGCAACGUGCACUCCGGGAAGAUUACGAGCGCGCCCGUAGUGAAAUGCUGUCGGUCAGCCAAGAAGAAGCUAUCGGUGGAUACGAUCCGAUCAAGGAACGAGAUGAUCUUUCUGGUAUCGAGAAAGUGAAAAAGUGGCUUCGGGAUGACGAACCAAAACAAAUCAACGAUGCGGUCAACCCACAUUCGGGUUAUAAAUUCGAUCGUCCAACGUACCCGAAGCCUCUUGCAGAAAAGGUACAGAAACGAAUUAUAUCUGACGAACAGUCCAGCGCCAGUGGAAUUGAUGAUUACUCCCCGAGAGCUGGUGUCGUGCAAUCCGUCGUUGAUCGCGAGCCGCAGCCAGGGCCAACAAGGGCACAGCUCGCUGCGCGUUCAGCUUUACUAAGAAAUUUGCCAACCUUCAGCGGCAAGCCAGAGGAAUGGCCGCUUUUUAUUAGCUCCUACAAAAAUUCAACCGAAGCUUGCGGUUUGUCAAACCAGGAGAAUUUAGUCAGGCUUCAAGAAUGCCUCAAAGGUCCCGCGCUUGAAUCCGUCCGAAGUCGACUGAUGCUGCCGUCGUCAGUACCGAAGAUUAUUCACAUGCUCCGUGAAGUGUACGGCCGGCCGGAGCAGCUUAUACACUCACUGCUUAGCAAAGUAAAACGAGCCGCUGCACCGAGGGUUGAUCGGCUAGAAACUUUCAUCCAGUUUGGAAUGGUUGUCCAGGAAUUAUGCGACCAUCUAGAAGCAGCUGAGCUCCACGAUCACCUGGUGAAUCCCACCCUGAUCCAAGAGCUAGUCGAGAAGCUGCCAGCAGCCACCAAGAGAGAGUGGGUCCAAUUCAAACGCGCCGAGGGGAGGACUACCCUCCGAACAUUCGCCGAUUUUACUUCAAAAAUCAUGUCUGAAGCUAGCGAAGUAACUUUGGUGGUGGAUCAGAAGUUUUCUGACUUCCGACUUAGUGACAGGCCUAGAUCAAAGGAAAAAGGUUUCCUUCAGGCGCAUUCCAGUGGAGCUGUGGGGAAUCCAUUCCCGGUACCAUCGAUUUGUCGAUUCUGCAGAAAAAAUAAUCACAGAAUCCGAAACUGUGAUGAUUUCCGAUCACGUCCCCUGAAGGAAAGAAUCAGACUGAUGACCCAGUGGAAGCUUUGUGAGCGAUGUCUGAAUGAGCACGACGGAUGGUGCCGAUUCAAAAUUACGUGCAACGUAGGUUUCUGCCGUCAACAUCAUCAUCCACUAGUACAUCGUGAUUCCCGAGAACCCCUACCAGCAAGGCAACAUUCUGUGCGAUCAAUGGAUGAUUCUCCCGCUCAAUCUCCCAUGCCAAUGAACGCCCAUCAUCACACGAAAUUUCCCGUUAUUUUCCGAAUGGCUCCAGUCACUAUACACAACGGUAACCAUUCAAUAAAAACGAUGGCAUACAUUGACGAGGGUUCGUCAAUCACAUUGAUCGAAGACAACCUAGCACGAGAGUUAGAAUUGAAAGGCAUUCCCCAACCGCUGACUUUGCAGUGGACCGCAAACGUAGUUCGGCACGAAGCUCUCUCCGAAUGUGUCUGCGUAGAAAUUUCCGGCGAUGGAGGUGAUCGUUUCCAGCUGAGUGAUGCGCAUACAGUUAAGAAGAUGCACCUACCGAGCCAGCUGAUCGACUUUCAACAAAUUUCGAACCAGUAUCCACACUUGCGAGGUCUGUUUGCUGCUACCCACACAGGGGAAGAGCCACGAAUAUUAAUCGGAUUGAAUAAUGUUUUCUUGUUUGCGCCGCUCGAAUCACGAGUCGGUGAUCCGUCGGAGCCGAUCGCUGUCCGCUCGCAUCUGGGGUGGACAAUCUACGGGCCACGAAAGCCACAAGGUUCCUCUGUGUUUGUUGGCUGCCAUGACGAGAUGCGUGUUACGAAUCUAGACCUGCACGAUCAGAUUCGUACUUAUUUCCAAGCCGAUGAUUCGGGUUUUCUGGUGAAAGAGUUGCCGGAGUCCGACGAUUUGAAGCGAGCUCGUUCCAUCUUGAACUGCACUACCGUUCGAGUUGAUGGACGCUACGAGGUUGGUCUUUUGUGGGCAAAGGACGAUAUUAAGCUCCCAGACAGUUUUGCUAUGGCUUUACAGCGAGAGAAACAUUUCGAGCGCCGUUUGAAAAAGAAUCCACACAUCGAGCAAGUUGUUCGCCAGCAAGUUGAGGCGUACUUAUCGAAGCGCUAUGCGCAUAAAGCUACGCCUGAAGAAUUAGAUUCUGCAGAACCGGGAAGAAUUUGGUACCUCCCGUUAAAUUAUGUCGAGAACCCGAAAAAGCCGGGUAAAGUGAGGUUGGUGUGGGACGCCGCCGCUCAAGCGCAUGGAAUAUCGCUCAAUUCCGUACUUCUACCGGGGCCCGAUCUCCUCACAUCCCUUCCAGCUGUAAUUCAACGAUUCCGAGAGCGAAAGGUUGCUUUCGGAGCGGACCUCCGCGAAAUGUAUCAUCAGAUACGCGUGCGGGAGCAGGACCGCCAAGCCCAACGGUUUCUCUUCCGAAGUAAUCCCAACGUCGAGCCCGAAAUUUAUAUUAUGGAUGUCUGCACGUUCGGGUCGGCGUGUUCCCCUGCCAUGGCUCAGUUCGUGAAGAAACUGAAUGCUACUCAAUUUGUCGACAAGUUUCCCGAAGCCGUUGGCGUUAUUGACAGGCGUCAUUACGUCGACGACUAUUAUGACUGUACCGAUACCGAGGAACAAGCGAUCACCCGAGCGCAGCAAGUGCGAUACAUACACCAGCAAGCAGGCUUCGAAUUCCAUGGCUGGGUUUCGAACCGCAAGUCUGUUCUUCAAGCUCUCGGUGCCCCUUCGACUCCGGAAGUGGCGUUAAGCGACCCCAAAACCAGUGGCACUCAGCGUGUUUUGGGAAUAAUUUGGAAACCGGAAGAAGAUGUUUUUGUUUUUUCUACCGAUGUCCGAACUGAUCUACAUCCAUAUUUCUACAACCAAAUCAGACCAACGAAACGCAUCGCGCUCAGCGGAAUCAUGAGCCUUUUUGAUCCGCUAGGAUUCUUGGCGCCAUUCACUAUUCUCGGGAAGCUCCUACUCCAGGACCUUUGGCGGACCGGGUGUGAAUGGGACCAGUUGAUUGACGACGAUAGCUUCGCAAAAUGGCAACAAUUUACUUCCUUCAUGCCAGCUGUUGGGUCUGUGAAAAUCGAACGCUGUUAUCUGCAAACUUUUUCCCCGGAAGCAUACCGCACUUUAGAAUUGCAUACGUUUGUGGAUGCCUCCGAACAGGCGUAUGGGGCAACAUCUUUCUUUCGCAUUACCGAGGGAAAUAGCUACCGAUGUUCACUAGUCAUGGCGAAAACUAAAGUGAGCCCGCUUAAGCAGUUGUCAAUUCCCAGGAUGGAACUGUGUGCUGCAGUUCUCGGCUCUGCACUUGCUAACAAAAUCGAAUGCGAACACGAUCUGAAGGUGACGAGGCGAGUGUUCUGGUCCGACUCCCGGACAGUGCUAUCUUGGAUUCGCUCCGACCAACGUAAAUAUAAACCGUUCGUUGGAUUUCGUAUCGGAACAAUUUUGCAGAACACAAAAAUCGACGAGUGGCGUUGGGUGCCAACAAAACACAACAUCGCUGACAUCGUGACGAAACCGAGCGCUAGUCUGUUCUUAGAAACUGAUAGUCCCUGGUUUCUACAUUUACCUUCUCCAAACACCACUGAAGAACUUCGUGUUUGCCAUCAACAUCAUACUACGAUAUCUUCUUUUUCUUUUAUUGAUGUCACACGAAUUUCGAAAUGGAAUAUUCUCCUGCGUACCAUAUGCUGUGUGUUUCGUUUCGCUUCAAAUUGUCGACGUAAAGCCAAAAAAGAACCGAUUGAGACAGUUGAAGCUCCAGACUCUACGAAAAGGUUGGUUGUGCGUUUUGUGCCUGGAGUGGUGGUUCCGCUGCAGCAAAGCGAGUAUGAGCGCGCCGAGACAGUGUUGUGGAAAAUGGCUCAACAUCAACACUACUUCGAUGAAUUAGCAACUCUGAAAAAGAACGAGGGACUGCCGAAAGAAAAGUGGCUAAGUAUCGAGAAAACGAGUCCGUUGCAUCGUUUAUUGCCGUUUCUCGAUGACUUGGGUGUACUUCGCGUCGACGGGAGAAUUAGAGAAGCCACUUUUAUUCCGUUUGACACCCGUUUCCCCAUCAUUCUGCCAAGAGAGCAUGCCGUCACAUAUCAUCUUAUCAACUUCUACCAUCAGCGAUACGGCCAUGCUAAUAAGGAGACGGUUUUUAACGAAAUGCGCCAACGAUUCCACAUCUCUAAACUUCGUCCAGUAAUCGAUCGUGUGGGGAAGCAGUGCCAGUGGUGUGCAGUUCGAAAAUCCCGACCGAGACCAGCAAGAAUGGCCCCACUCCCUGUCGAACGUAUCACACCUUAUUUGAAGCCGUUUAGCUAUGUUGGUGUGGACUAUUUUGGGCCGAUCGAGGUGACUGUCGGACGUCGAUCAGAAAAACGUUGGAUUGUGUUAUUCACAUGUCUCUCUGUACGAGCAAUCCAUCUCGAAGUGGCCUAUCGACUGAACACUGAUUCUUGCAUCAUGGCAAUCCGAAGAUUCGUCCUGCGCCGUGGGCCUCCUGUUACAUUCUUCUCCGAUAACGGAACCAAUCUGAAGGCCACCAGUAAGGAACUGCAAGAACAAAUAAAACGCAUCGACACCGCUUCUGCAAAUGUGUUCACAAAUGCGAGGACCCGUUGGAGCUUCAAUCCGCCAUCCGCCCCACACAUGGGGGGCAUAUGGGAGCGCAUGGUGCGCUCAACAAAAGCUGCUAUGGCCACGCUGACAUCCGGAAGCCGAAUGACCGACGAGAUUCUGCUCACAGUAAUAACUGAAGCCGAAGAGAUCGUCAAUACUCGGCCCUUAGUCUAUCUGCCGCAGGAUUCGGAUGAGCCCGAAUCGUUGACCCCGAACCAUUUUCUACGAGGUAGCUCUUCGGGCCAACUGGAUCUACCUAUACCUCCGACUGGGGAGGCUGCUGCCUUGAGAAGCUCGAACUGCCGAUCACAGCUGCUUUCCGAUGAACUUUGGAAAAGGUGGCUGAAAGAAUACUUGCCGUCUCUCAACGUCCGUAGCAAAUGGAUUGAAUCGAACGAGCCGCUGAAGAAGGAUGACUUGGUUUUCGUUACCGAUGACCUAUCCCGUAACAGUUGGAUCCGGGGACAAAUCGUGGACGUGAUUCCAGGAAAGGACAACCAGGUGCGCCAGGUGUUGGUUCGUACAUCUUCAGGAGUCUUUCGUCGACCGGUAACAAAACUAGCAGUAAUCGAGGUUCAUCUAGUAAAUCUGACUCGGAAGCAGGUUCCGGACAAGUUUUACGGGCCGGGGAGUGUUGAAACCCCUGGUUUCUGCUAUAAAAUGAACCCACCAGAAAACAUCUUCGCUCGAACGCCCAUGAAACUGCUCUAUCUUACAAACACGCACUAA